GUUGGGUAACUACUUUUGUAUGUUAAAUAAUUGUAAGUUAUUGUAAGUUAAUAUCGAAGCCCCCCCCCCUCCGAGAAAAGUUCAAAUACCUCCUCUGGUGUGUGCGAUUAUUUUUUUUUAUAUAGUUGCCAAACUUGUAUAUUACAACCACGACUGUUAUCUAUAGAUAAUAGCCGUGGUUAUAACAUUAACAAGACCGUGAAGUAAAUAAUGGAAAUUUGUUAUGUUAUCAACCGUGUUAUCAGUUUUCGAGCGGGAAAAGUAUAGAAGUAUCAAGUAUUUAGAAUUGCAUUGAAUAUCUACGAGAAUAUAAUAUACGCAUUUAUUUUUGAUUAAUUUUUUUUGUAUUAUGAGUUAGGAAUAUAAUGUUGAGGUCGUAGACAUACUAGCAAUUGUGUCGUAUUGUUAGAUUUUAAUAGUAGAGAAAUAAAAAAUGUGUGGCCGAACUGCUUGGUGAGUAACUACUUAACUACCUACCUAUUAUUUUGGAUUCUUGUACUUGAUGUAACAAAUAAUUUGAACUAUUGACAUGGCGUAAUUAACUAUAACCAGAUUAUCCAAGAAAUUAUUAAUACGCAAUUAUUAUUCUAAUAAAAUAUCUUUUUUUAUUGUAAUUUUGUAAGGUUAUGUAGUAGGUAAAAUAAUUUACACUAUAAAUAAUACUACAAAAAUGAUUAACACUGUAAUAUUUUUAAAAUUAAAUUAUAGGUAUGUAUUAUAAAAAAUAAAAAAAUACUUUGUGUAUAACAUUAGUGUCAGAAAAUUGUAUUUAAUAGAGUGAGAACCAUUAGAGAAGGGACUUUCCCUCUACCACUUUUGCUUUUUUUAAAUAUUUUUAAGUGAUAUUUGUAGGUUUUUUUGAGAUUUCAGUUUAGUUAUAACAAAAUAUCCGAUAAAUAAUAAUAAUUAUUAACACAAGUUCCCCCCGACUGUAAUAUGUAAAUAUGCAAUCUGUAAUCUGCAUGUGUUAAUUUAUGUGCAUUUUUGUUUUUAUUAGCAACUUGAAACGUGAAACCUAUUGCAAAGCUACUAGUUAUAAAGAUCGUAAAGACACAUUGUAUCGUCAGUCAGAAUGGCACGAUCUAGAAAACGGUGGACAUGAAUUCAAACAAUCUAAUAAUAUAGCACCUACCGAUGUGACUCCUAUUCUUGUUGCUGGUGAAGAAUUUGUAGGCUACCCAUCAAGAGUUUUAACUCCCAUGGUUUGGGGUAUGAUACCUCCGUGGCAUAAGGUGCCUAUUAUCUAUAUAUAUUAUUGUAAAAGUAAAAAUAAAAAAAUAAUGUGCAGGUUUAAAUUUAAUGUAGGAAGUACAUACUCUGUAUUGGGUAGGCCACUGCAAGUUUCCUUAUGUGAAUGAAAAAAUAUGAUGACAUUAUUAUAACACAAUAAAAAAAUAAUUACAAUUUUAUUUCUAAAAAACUCUAGAUUAAAAUUAAACUUAAAAAUAAUUUUCAGGGAAAUUUUAACGACCAUGGAUUAAGCACAAACAAUUGUCGAAUAGAAAAUUUGAUGGCUUCAAAAUUGUACAGUGAACCUUUAAAUGCAGGAAGAAGAUGUAUUGUUAUUUGUGAAGGUUUUUAUGAAUGGAAAACAACUGAAGGCCCUGGAAAGAAGAAACCAUACUUUAUAUACACUCCUCAAAAAAAUGAGGUUUGUAUAGAAUAGGGCGAUAAUUUCAUAGAUUUUUCAUUUAAUGAUACUGAAAAACUAAUGUAAAAAUCUCAGUUGCAAAUAAUUAAUAAUAAUAAUAAUUUAUUCAAAGAAAACAAUAAAACAAUCAAGAGCCCAUUAAUAAAAAGUGGUGCCUACACCUCUGGUGCAACAACUGAGAGAGCGCUAAAAUGUUCUAAAAACAAAUAUAAAAAUUUGAAAUUAAGAACAUCCCAUAGUGAGAUAUGAAAGAUACUUUGAAUUUUUAUUAUAAAAUUUAGAAUUCCUAAUGGGAUAUUUUGAAGUUUCGCACUGGGCGCAAUAUUUGGUGUUGUUACGGUCCUGUUAAUUGUAAUUCAUUUUAUUUGGUAAAAUUGUAAAAUAAUAUAUAAACAACAAUAUUAUAUUCUGAUAAACUUUAUUAGAUAAGUUUCGUAUUGUAAAAAUAAGUCCAGUGGUUCUCAAACCGUGGUACGCCGAAGGCUGCAUGGUAACAGUACAGAAAAUAAGUUAAUGAAUAUCCUUACAAAUGAUUUUUAAUGGACCUAAUACUAAAUUUUAUAUUAAUAUUAUGUUGCAGUAUUUUGCUGUCUUACAUUCCUAUCAUUUUGAAAUAAAUGUAAAACCAUUAUGAAUUGUUCAAUUUUUAGUUGCACGUGGUAAGUGAUAGAUCCAUCAUAAUACAUAUAAGUGAUAUGCGAAAUUAAAAGUUUGAGAAUCUCUGAACUAGUCCAAUUUAUUGAAUAUUAUACAAAACAUUAAAAAAUUUAAAUUAUUUAUAAAUAAUUGAAAUUUUAAUGCAAUACCUAAUUUCUAAACACAUUUAUUUAAUGAAUAAUAUAAUAUUGAAUUUUAUACUUAACACUACAAUGCAUGAUUAUAAUUUUUUUUUUUACAUUAUUGCCGGCAGGCAACACCAUGCACAUGCACCAUGGUCAUAAUUUUUUUUUUUAAAUAAUGUUUUAUAGACAAUUCAAAACAUUGUAACCUGUAGGUAGCAUAACGCAUUGCUUUAAAAUAACUCAAAUUAAAUGAAAACAUUUGUAUGUUUAUCUUAAGAUUUCAGUUUACAAUAAAAAUGAUUGGGAAUCUAGUCAAUGGUCUGAGAAGUCUGGUUGGUGUGGACCUUCUCUGCUUAAACUAGCCGGUAUUUACAAUAAAUGGAAGUCACCAAAUGGUGAUAUUUAUUACAACUACUCGGUUGUUACAAUGGAAUCAAAUAAGAAAUUUUCACAAAUUCAUCACAGAAUGCCUGCAGUCUUAGAAAAUGAACAAAUUAUAGAAGUAAGAUUGGUUUAUUCAGUUUUACAUUCUUUUAAAUAACAAUUUAAAUAAUUGAAUUGGUAUACAACGUCAAAAUAAGUGUCAAAGUGAGAAUAUUUAUUGUUAUUAACCAAAAGAUGAUAAAUCGGACAAAAUAAAGUCAACUUUAAAUAUAAUAAAGAUUGUGGAGAAUGUUGGAAAACCGUAUUAUUCUUGUAUUCAUAUUUUGAUAUUCUUAACACUGGCCACUACUACUAGCAAUCGCAUAGUUAAGUGGUAAUUCAAUCAAUCUGCGGCCACUGAUCUGAUAUAUUUUCUUAUACACUUUAACAGUUUUAACAAAAAAAUUGUAUUGACAUUAAAUGUAUGGUUCUGAUCCGUUUAGUAAUUGAUUGAUUUUAUUAGGAUUGGUUGGAUAGCAGAAGGGUAUCAGCAAGUCGAGCUAUUGCUAUGCUUCAUCCUGUUGAAAAUUUGUCAUGGCAUGAAGUAACAAACUCUGUCAACAAUUCACGAAACAAGAUUGACGAUUGCAAUAAGCCUGCAUCAAAAAUGUACGUAUAAAUAACUAGUAUUGAUCUUAUAUAUAACUUACUGGUAGAAAAAAUUGUAUUCAACAUGUUACAAUUUGGAAUUUUUAAGUUUAAUUGUUUUCAUUUACAUUCAUAUUUUUAUUAUUCUACAUUGUGUAUUAUUUAAUAAAUAAUACUUUGGGUUUGUACCAAUCCAUUUCAAUGCAAUAAGAUGUUAUAUUUAUAAAAAUUUAAAGAAAACGUGAGGUGUAAUGUAUUAUUAUGAUAAUUAUAUUUUUUAUUAUAAAUGCAUAGUUUACAUUAAACACAUACAUUUUUUUAUCAUUUUAUAAAUUAAAGUAAUAAUAAUUCAAAAAUUAUUUAUUAUAGUACGUUAUAGAAUUCUUACCUAUUAAAUUAAAAUUAUGAGUCGAUCACAUAACCUAAUUGGUCACAUAUUGGUCCAAAUUUCAAAUAAAACUGGUAGUAUUAUGAAAUUUAAUAAUUUUACAAUUUGUUUAAGUCUAUUAGUUAUGUAUGCAAAAUAUACGCAUAUUUUUCUUUCUUUCAUAUACUUAAUCUAACAUUUUAAUUAAUAUUUAUUCAAAGGAUAUACUAGAGUUUAAUUUUAAUAUGUAUUGAGUAUAUAUUAUUAUAAAAUAUGAAUAAUAAUACCUAUGCUCUACAUAUAAUAAACUAAUUAACAAGUAUUUUUUUUAAGCCUGCAAAAUUUUAUUUUACAUUUAAACAUUUAAAAAAGUUUUGUACCACUAGACUUACAUUUUUGUGAGCAAUGAUUACUUAAUCUUAAGGUUUUUAAUUCGAGAAAAUAACUAUAGUUGUAUUUUUCAUUUUUAGUGUUAACAAAAGCAGCACAUUCAUGGCAUCUUGGUUAGCUGGAAAAAAUAAAAAUAAUGAUAGUAACGAAGAAAAUCAAAUGAGGAAAAAGGCAAAAUAUUAGUACAUAUAACAAAUGCCAAUUACAUAGAUGUACAUAUAAAUAAUUAUGAAUUUGAAUAAUUAAGAAUGUAUUUAGCAUGAACUAAGAUAAAUUAUAUUUAUUGAAAAUUAUAAAUAUUUUUAAAAACAAUAAAAGAUUAAAUUGUAUGAAUUGUAAAUUUAUCUUGUUAAAAACCUUGUUGUACCUAUUCUAUUACUAAGUAACAAUUCAUAAAAUAAGCUCGAUAAAUCAUCAUGGAAUUAAGUUUUAGUUUUCUCCAUAUAACCAUGCGUCGCUUGGUCUAGACCAGGAUAUUAGUUCUUUUUCUGAAAACCACAGGGCAAUUUCUUUGUUGGCCGAUUCCACAGCAUCAGAACCAUGAACUAUGUUGCUGUUAACAUUGAAAAACAUAAGAACAUUAAAAUAAAAUAGCAAUUGUAGUUGUAUUGUUAUUUUACCGGCCCACUUGAAUACAUAGAUCGCCCCUGAUGGUUCCAGGGUUAGAGUUUUUUGGGUCAGUCGCACCAAGAAUGAAUCGUCCGGUUUUUACAACAUCCAAUCCUUCCCAUACCUAAUAAAAUAAUGCAACCUGCUGUUUUAUUUAUUUAUAAUAAGAUAAAAGAAUGUGUGCAAUAACCAUUGGAACUACUGGUCCAGAAGCCAUGUACUUGACGAGUCCCGGAAAAAAAGGCCUGCCGGAUAAAUCAGAAUAGUGUUUUGAUAACAGUUCUUCUGAUGCCU